AUGAGUGGGAUCAGCGAAAAGCUGAAGGGACUAAAGUUUAUGCAAAGGGCAGAAAGGAAAAAUAAUGACGAUAGAGAAGUAUCAUUUUCAACAUACUUUUGCAAAAGAAGUGUCUUUAACUAUAAUAACAAGCAAAAGAUCUACGACCCGGAGACCCAGAAAAAAGCCAAGAACUAA